AUCUACAAAAAAAGAAAAAAGGCACGAAGAAAGACAGUAAAUGAUGGAAUAUAAAAUGAAGCAUCUAUAACAGGAAAGAGGAAUUUAACAACAAAGAUAAACAUGAAGAGAAAAAACAACAUUUAUUUCUGUUUUUAUUGAGUCUUAAUUAAAUUACAAAUAUAUGGCAACUGGUAAUUUUUCAAAUAAGUUAUUAAUAGGUUGCCUAGUUUUAUAUAUGGUUUCAAACUCACAAGCAGGUGGAUUUACUCUCUUUCUCUGUGUGUAUAUAUAGAUUCUAAUCUCUGUCUCUGUCUCUGUCUUUCACUCUGUACCUCAGCCAAAACUAAACAUGGGUUUUGUAACUCAGAGAUUGUGUUCCAUCCUUGUGACCUUCUUGGUGAUUUUUUCACGUCUCUGUGUAGCAAACUCAGAACAAUAUCAUAGCAACCAUGUGAAGUCGAGGAAACAAUUACAAGAAAAAACUUGUAAUGUUUAUGAAGGGACUUGGGUGUUUGACAAUUCAUACCCUCUAUAUGACUCUUCAGCUUGCCCUCAUAUCCGCAAGGAAUUUGAUUGCCAAAAGUAUGGUCGACCUGAUAGUCUCUACCUCAAAUAUAGAUGGCAGCCCAAGGAAUGUGACAUACCCAGAUUUGAUGGUCAAGAUUUUUUACAGAGAUUAAAGGGGAAGAAAAUUAUGUUUGUAGGGGACUCCAUUAGUGUCAACCAGAGGGAAUCCCUAGUAUGUUUGCUUCACGCUGCUGUGCCUGACUCCAAAAUCAUAGAGGAGAGCAAUCCCCUGUAUUCUAAUACAACAUUCGAGGACUAUGGAGUUUCAGUUCUACUAUUUUUAACUCACUACUUAGUGGACAUCGAAGAAGAACAAAUUGGUCGAGUGUUAAAGCUCGAUUCUCUGAAAAAUGGCAACAUAUGGAAAGAUAUGGAUGUUCUGGUUUUCAACACUUGGCUUUGGUGGUACCGUAGUGGACCUGCACAACCAUGGGAUUAUAUUGAAGAUGGUGGCAAGGUUCUCAAGGACAUGGAUCGUAUGGAUGCUUUUCGCAAGGCUUUGACAACUUGGGCCAGGUGGGUUGAUACAAAUGUGGAUCCAGGAAAAACUAAAGUCUUUUUUCAAGGAAUUAGUCCACAACAUUACAAUGGCACUGAUUGGAAUGAGCCAGGAGUGACAAACUGCGCAAAGGAGACAACACCCAUAAACGGGUCAACUUACCCAAGUGGUUUGCCAACAGCAGAAUAUAUAGUGAAGGAUGUCCUAAGUACAAUAGAGAAACCUGUUCAGUUAUUUGACAUAACCACUCUCUCGCAACUAAGAAAAGAUGCACAUCCUAGCUCUUAUAAUGCAUUCAAGGGCAUGGAUUGCACCCAUUGGUGUGUUGCAGGGCUUCUAGACACCUGGAAUCAACUUCUGUAUGUAGCUCUCACUAGUGAAAGAUGUUAGAUCUAGAAAAACAAUGAACAAGUGUAGCCAUGUUAGCUGAAAAGUCAAGUAUUCUCCAAUAAAAGGAUAUAUUUGUAGUUGAAUCAUGUAGAAACAUGUCUACAUGGUAUCAUUAUUAAUUUGAAAAAAAAAAAUCACAAUGCUAAAUGGCAAGUUACCUAUUGACAUGAUUCAUGAACACAAUUAUCUUGGC